UUGUGCGUGCCGUCAAACUACUGAUUGCAAUAGUUUUUUUCGGCAAGUACUACAAACCUCUUGUUGUAUGUUCGCCACUUUUGCCUGACCCGCCUAUACAUUACAAUCCAUGUAAUUUGUACAGUGGUUAUCAGUGCAUAGUGAAAUCUUUUAUCGCGCCGUUUUUCGCCCGUUUGACGGAAGUUUCAAAAGGGACGUGAGGCUCUUCUCGUUUUAAAGCAAUCGCGAGAAAUGUCGAAAGAUUAACCUCCAGUGAAAUAUACGAUCACGACCGUUAUUUGACUGCAACGAUGAUUGUGCAACGUGAAAAAUAUAUACACAGCCGGGCCAUUGGUGAUCGCUGAGCGGGCACACUAGAAGACGUGAGACCAGUGCCGUAAACAUCGUGAACGUAAAUAUACGGUGUGCGUCUCUGUGUACGUGUUGCAUUACAGACGUCUACUAAAUCGUAUAGAAUUUUUGUAAUUUAGGACUUUUCUUAAAAAUUAUUCGUUUGGCUUUAAGUUUGCCCGAACUAUUGGUUAAGACUUUAUCGAAAAGACGAUCCGUGAAAUACGACAGAUAAAGGGAGGUUAGAAUCGAGACGUACGAUAUCGACGGUACUAAGAACAUCUAGAGUAGUAAGUUUUCGACGAGUGUGCGAACUUUCGAAUUCAUUCAACUUGGGGGGAAUACGAUUCGCGAAUAUCGAAGUUACCGAAGUUUGAAGAUAAGGAAGGGCGCACUAUCUUCGAAACCAUCGGGCGUCCUACUGCUCUAGGGGUAACUCGGUGGUGCAUAGUCGCGCGGGUAUGAAAAAAUGAUGUGAUCGACGGUCAUCAUGGCGGCACCCAUGCUAAAGUGGAAGCGGAUCACAAAUCCGACCGGGCCCCAGCCUAGACCCAGGCAUGGGCAUAGGGCAGUUGCUAUUAAAGACCUUAUGGUUGUUUUCGGCGGUGGAAACGAGGGCAUUGUUGACGAGCUUCAUGUCUAUAACACGGCAACGAAUCAAUGGUUUGUACCAUCAACAAAAGGUGAUAUUCCACCUGGCUGUGCAGCAUAUGGAUUUGUUGUUGAUGGAACCCGAAUUUUGGUUUUCGGUGGUAUGGUAGAAUAUGGAAAGUACUCGAACGAACUUUAUGAACUUCAAGCAAGCAGAUGGGAAUGGAAGAGAUUAAAACCAAAGCCACCAAAACAUGAUCCUCCGCCAUGUCCACGACUGGGACAUAGCUUUACCCUGAUUGGUAACAGGGUUUUCCUUUUCGGAGGUUUGGCUAACGAUAGCGACGAUCCCAAAAACAAUAUCCCAAGAUAUUUAAAUGAUCUGUAUACUCUUGAAUUACUUCCUAAUGGAGCAACGGCCUGGGAUGUACCGCAAACGCACGGACAUGCACCACCACCCAGGGAGUCGCAUACCGGGGUGGCUUACACCGAUCGCAACACCGGGAAAUCCUGUCUGGUCAUUUAUGGUGGUAUGAGCGGCUGUCGUCUGGGUGAUUUAUGGUUUCUUGAUGUUGAUUCGAUGACCUGGAACAAACCAGUAGUCCAUGGACCUACUCCUUUACCACGGUCUCUCCACACUGCCACCUUAAUUGGUCAUCGAAUGUACGUAUUCGGAGGAUGGGUACCGCUUGUCGUCGAUGAUGUUAAAGUUGCAACUCACGAAAAAGAAUGGAAGUGUACAAGUACAUUGGCUUGUUUAAAUUUAGAAACGUUAACGUGGGAGCAAUUGACAGUCGAUUCUCUGGAAGAAAAUGUUCCUCGUGCUCGUGCUGGUCACUGUGCAGUUGGAGUGCAUAGUAGACUGUAUGUGUGGUCUGGUCGAGAUGGAUACCGUAAAGCUUGGAACAAUCAGGUUAGGGUUUGCUGCAAAGAUUUAUGGUACCUCGAAGUCAGUAAACCACCUGCACCGUCCAGGGUGCAAUUAGUAAGGGCUUCUACGCAAACGCUGGAAGUCAGUUGGACAGCAACGCCGUCCGCGCAAUACUACAUACUACAAAUUCAGAAAUACGAUAUGCCUCCCGCAACAACUGGCACAUUUCCUACAGUUAGCACACAGACCAGCACCGCACCCACCACUACCCCGGCAGUGGUUACGCCUGCAACUGUCCCUGUAACAUCUCCGCCCAUUACAACCGUUGCUGCUCUUCCAUCAACUACAACUUCUGCCAGACCAACCCUAGCACAGACUCCUGUACGAAUACAGUCGACUGUACAGAGCCCAAUACAAAAACCGGUAUCGUCGCAAGCCGUAACAAAACCAGCGAGUCCGAUGACACCGAGAGUAGCUGGAAACCUUAUCAGAAUUCGUUCCCCGAUCGUUACUUCAGCACCGGUAACUACCGAACCACCUACACCCCCUAACACUACAGUGGCAGGUCAAACGCCAGCUGCUAUGUCAGGAAUUGCUGCCCUAGCUGCAGCGGCUGCCGCUACUCCUAAAAUAAGUAUGAAUAACGUACCAAUCCUUCCACAAACUACCGCCAAUACGAUUAGAAUGAAGAACGUUCAGCCUGGUCAGCAAAUACGUUUCGCUGCACCCGGCGCAACAGUGCUGAGAACUGCUUCUCCACAACAGAGUAAACAAAUUAUCCUUCAGAAACCGGGUCAGAAUAUAUCCGGUCAGCCUCAAAUUGUACAUCUUCUUAAAACCGGCCAGGGAAUGGUAGCGACUGUGCCUAAAGUCAGCCUCAUUCCCGGCAAAACGGUUCAGGCAACAGGUGCGAAACCCCUUAACCAGGGGCCGACGAUAUUAAGAUUAGUCAAUCCUAAUACCGUAGCAGGAUCUAAAAUUCUCACUACCAUGAAAACGUCUAGUAUCGUUGCCAUGAGCAAAGGUCAAAACAUCAGCGGCAAGCAAACGAUAAUGAUCACUAAACCCGGAGGCAAUGGCGGGUUGGUUGGCCGUAAUCAAAUAAUCGUCGUGACAACGGGCUCUGGUUUGAGAGCUGUACAAGCUGUCACUACCUCUCAAGCCGGUAGCGGGCAAGCGGGCAACAUCACCACACCCGUCAAUGUUUUACCCCUGUCCGCUACUAACCAUGUGACAAAUCAACAAGGAGUAAAGAUGAUCGUUGUUUCUUCUGGAGCAAUGGGAGGUGGAACUGCAGGAAAGCCUAUCACCAUCACGGUUCCAGGCCAGGGCGGCGUACCAAAGACGGUGACUAUUGCAACCAAGGGAAAUCCACAAGCCAUCUUCAAUCCCGGAAAGAGUCAGAUCGUUACUAUGCCACAAAUGCAAAAAACACCAGAGUCUGUAACAGUGUCCGGUAAACCCGUGACGUUGCAGAUGUCUGGUGGAAUAGGUGCAAAAACAGUUACGCUCAUGCCUACAAGCAGUUCGAUAGUAACUACUUCGAGUACAUCGGAUGCGAUAGACACAAGUAAAAUGUUAUUUGUUCCAUCGCAAAAGCAACCAUCGGCUUCAUUAGCAUCCACUUCCGAUGGUCCUGCUACGACGGAUGCAGCAUUGGCUGCAUUAGCUGCAGAAGCAGGUUUGAUAGAUCCAGUUCAGGAACCGUCUGGAGGUUUAUCUUUCAUGGUGGCUGCGGACGAUGGAGCAGGAGAUGGGAAAGUGGAAGAUAGUUGUAACGGAAAUGAGGCCACCACAGCGGCUGCUUUGGUUUCUCAGAUGGGAGCCGGUGAACCUAUGCAAGUCGACGGGGAUGGGAAUUUUGUGAUUCCUCAGGUUGAUGGUCCAGCAGAUAUUCUUUUGUCCGAGGACGAGGAAAACGAUAAAAUUGAUUUGGAAGAAGAUCCGGCGCCAGAAAAUCAAGAAGAACCGGCAGCUGUAGAGUCUGCGAAUAUGGAGGAAGAUAUUGGUGCUGCGAUCACAGAGGACGUUCAUAUAGAAGAGAGUACCCCAAAAGAGCCGGAAACUUCUUCGGAAGCAGUUUCUGAUCCUCCCGUUUCAACGAGCACCGCAGAAGAAAUUCCACUAGAACCAGAACCUUCUGUCGAUUCUCAGCCGGAUGAAAGUGAAAUACCUAUGGAAACUACCAACGAGCCGGAACCAACGAGUGAAAACGAUAUGCAAAUUGUAACCAAUCCAUCGUCCGAGGAAGCUCUACCUAAACCUGAAGUUUCUGGCAUACAAGAACCUGUGGAAGCUCCGUCGGAAGAAGCGUCAAUGCCGGACGCAACGGAGCCGCUAGAAAAUGAAACUGAACAAAUUGAAAAUAACGAUAUAAAAGAUACGCCUAUGGAUACAUAUAAUUCUGAUCAUGAGAAGUCACCCGCUGCUGAACAUUUAUCACCCGAAGAUAGUAUAUCGCAACUUUCUCAGGAAGACAGUCAAGACGCUGAAAAGGAAAAGGAUGACGCCGUCGAGCCAGCGAUGGACCUGCCUGAAGAAAGUUCUUCAGUGGAGAAAUUGGAAGACACUGACGAACCUAUGAUUACAGACACUUCCUUACCUUCUACCGAUGUAAAUAUGCCAAUAACCACACCCAUCAUCACCCCUGACAUGCAAGCGAAAGCAGACCACUCCGACGAGCCGAUGGAACAAGAGAAAAUUCCUGAACCACCGACGUCAUCCAUGAACGGUGUUGCACCGCUUGAAAAAGAGCUGGAUAUUCAAAAACCAAUGACUCCGAUAAAAGUGGAAUUGAAAGAGGAGCCUGUUAAAAAGGAAAGUUUAAAACAAGACAAAAUGAACGAUAGUAGAGCGGAGAGUGGAGAUGAUUCUACCGCAUUAACUACAUUAGCUACAGCUGCCUUAGGUUCAGCGGAACAACCAAUGAAAGUAAAAAUGGAACAGAACGACGACGAAAAGAAGGAGGUAGAAUGGUACGACGUGGGUGUAAUAAAAGGAACAAGCUUUACCGUACAACACUAUUAUUUACCUGGUGAUGAGCCGUUAGAUAUAACGCAACCACUGACUAUGGAUAUUUUCAAAGGGAGAAGCAAGAUUGCCUUAGAACCUGGAACUGCUUAUAAGUUUAGAGUUGCCGCUGUGAAUAGUUGUGGAAGAAGUGCUUGGAGCGAGGUGUCUGCAUUCAAAACGUGUCUUCCGGGUUAUCCCGGAGCACCUAGUGCUAUCAAAAUUUCCAAAUCUGCAGAGGGUGCUCAAAUAUCUUGGGAACCGCCAUCCAGCAACGUUGGACCUAUUCUGGAGUAUUCUGUCUAUUUAGCAGUGCGGAGUGCUAGUACUGCGUUGAAUAAUGAUGGAGAACCGAGGACUAUUCUAUCGACUCCAAAUCAGUUAGCUUUUAUUAGAGUCUAUUGCGGUUCAAAUAAUUCCUGUUCGGUGACUAAUAGUUCCCUUAGUGCCGCUCACGUUGACACUACUACAAAACCGGCCAUAAUAUUUAGAAUAGCAGCACGAAACGAUAAAGGAUAUGGACCAGCGACGCAAGUCAGGUGGUUACAAGCAGAUCCAACCACUGCUGUGAAGAGCAACCCUCAGGUGAAGAGACCUGGUACAGAUAUACGCUCACAAGCAAGCUCCCCACAGAAGAAGGUGAAACCAGAAACACCAAGUGAUAAUUUUUCGUGAGCCUGUUUUCCCUUGGCCUCUUACAGCCCAACUAUCCAAACAGCGCUACUCAUUAUUUAAUUUCCGCUGGUACACACGCCUAACAACGAUAAUGAAACAGUGUAUUGUUGAGUAAGCGACGUGAUAUGCGAGUAAAUGAAAGAAAUGAAUGCACGAUAAAGAACGAUGGAAGAGGUGUCCAUAGCUAGAUUGAGGUAUAAACAUAAGGGUUAAAAAGUAUUUUAAGUGUUCUAUACGAAUACAAGGUCUUUCUGUACCGCGUUUUCUGACUCACCGUUAUUCUCCUAUUCCUUCGCGAAUGCGCGACAUUUUUCUGUAAAGAUAACACGAGUACUGUUAAUAAAUGGCAAGGUGGUUAUUUUGGAGUUAAACAAAGUUUUUUCAUGUUUACAGUGCUUUCUAUGAAUGUGGUAACAUAUCGAUGAUGGCUACACUUGCAUCAUUUCUCAUGGCAAAUAGUUUCGCCCAAAUAUUGACCACCUUCACUUUUAUUUUCUAAUACAAAGAUUGAAUAUAACUACUGAUCGAAACGAAACGGUGAAACGGAAUUUUUUAGUUGAUUUAUAUGGAGCUCCUGAUAAAAGCUUCGUUCAAAGUUAUUUUAGUUAAUUCGUACUUUGAAAAUUUUUUCAUCGUUACUGGGAUAUAUAUAUAUAUGCGUAUAGAGUGUCUAACGUUUUGAAAAUCGGGAAACUUCCUAUUACAUUCAAAUAUUUAUUGUAAAUAUUGUAAUUGGAAAUACUGUAUCUUCUCAGAACUUUGUCUAAAAUUUCCUCUAAAAAUUUGUAAUACGAUGCAAGUGUAUGGAACAGAAGUUUUGAUCACACCAUCCUUUUCUGUAUAGAACAUCGGUGCUACACUUUACUCUGGUUACUUUUGUUACUGCCAAUUGCAAGGAAAGCAUGGAAUCAAUGAGAGAAAGGAGCACGUAUUAAAAAGGUUUUUCAAACAGAUGCGAUACAAAUUUACCUUUGCGAUUUUGUUGUUGCUUUCAAUAACGAUGCAGAGAUAUUUUGUAUAAAAAAAAACGAAAUUGAUUUAGUAGAAAUGCACAUAUUGUUCUUGAAAAUUAUAAUUUGAUUUCAAAGGCGUUGAUAUUUUAGGGAAUAAAAUAUUUGAAGAAAGUUAAGAAUAUUUUUAGAUGGCAACGAAAUAAUUAUUUGAAUAGUGUAUUAUUAUAAUAUAUUAUAUCUAAUAUAAAGUUAAACUUUUAAGAUGCUAAGUCUAAUUAGCAUAGAGGAAAAAAAUUUAUAUAAAAAAAAAAAGUAAUACAGUCACGCGGUAAUGCAUUAUGGAACGAUAUACAUCCUUAGUUGUCUGGAGCAUAAUAUAUUUUAAUUAAAACAUUUAGGAAGCUUUUUAAACCGAGAUUGGAAAAGCCAACAAAUUGCAAAAGCUGUCUCGGUAGCUUGGGGCUAUGUUGACAUUGCAAUAAUUUAAGCGCACAUUUUACUUUUAGAUUAUCAAUACACCCGUUUUGUUAUUUGCUUGUAGCUUAAGCAUUAACACAGCGUUUUAAACGCUUAAUAUUUACGCUAAAUUUUACAUUAACAAUACCUUAUGAACUGGAAUUCAAAGUGUGUUGAAAACAAAGUAAACGACCUUGAGAACUAAUAACUUUGUAUUAAUUUAGGACGCGAUAUAAUUUCUAUGUAAAUUCAAAAUAUGAUUCGCAUUCAAUGUCGAUGGAAAACUAAAAUAUUUUUUAAAAAAACGAUGCUACGUAUGUUCUGCUUGUUAUCGAGGAUAUUUGUACGACUAAUUUAUAGAAAGUUAUUAGUUCUUUCACUUUGAUUUGUAAAUUUUGUUGACAGGAGAUGACACUAGACCAUACUGGAAUAUUAGUUCAUAAUUAUCAUAAACACUGUGCAGAUAAAAUAUUUUGACAUGUACGUGUAUGUGGUACUAUGAUUUUGUUCUUUGUAAAGUAACUCUUAAUGCAUUUAUACUUUCCAUGGAAUAUCCAAAUAUAUUGAAAGGAAGCUAUGAAUAAAUAUAGAAAAAAAAAAAUCAUACAUGAAAUACUCGUUAUUUCGCUAUAGUGACAUUUAUAAUAAGGAUCUGUACUUAAGCUGUAGAUACAUACAUCUUUAAAACUGUAACUAUACUAAAAUUACUAAACAAAAAUCGUAUAUAAUUUCAUUUUUUACCAUUCAAAUAACAGUGUCAUAAUCUGUCUGUUGUAUGCUUGACAACUUACAAUGAGAUUAAUUGCUUUGGGUAAUUUGGUAUUGAAUAAAAGAAACUUCUUGAUACAUUCGUGCUGUUUAGGUUCUUGUUAAUUUUAGUAUAGGAAGUUUUGGUUGUUUAAUCAUUAUUAGUCGAUUUAAAGAGGAAUUACAUGUACAAUGUUACUAUAUUAAUUGAGAAGAAUUGCUAGGACAAUGUAACGAGUGUAUAAAACACUUUUAAAGUAUUUCUAUCAUAAAGCAAGCCUGUAAAAUAUUUCAUCUCUCUGCUCUUUUUACACUUGUCUACGUUUACGCGUGUUGCCUUUCUGUUGAUCGAUACCUCUUGGCAGUAACGAAAGCAAAUAUCACACGAACACAAACGAGUUAUGUUUUUUUCUUAGUUUGCUUUACCGUAGUAUACGAGGCAAAAGAGUUUAACAAUUAAGAAACCAUAGUCUCAGACGAUUGCAGUAUAUUCUUUUGUUCUCUUAACGUAUGAGCUAUGUUCGAACGGAUCGAUGGAGAUUGGUAUGUGUACAUUUUAAGUUGCAAAACCGCGUUCAGUCAUGAAGCAUUGGAAAAAAAGUAAACGGCAACAUCGGACCACGAUUUUACUAUAGACUCUUUUUCUACGUGAUUAGAACAUAAAAACAACUUUAGUAUGAUUGCAAUUUGCAUGAACGUACGUGAAAUACGAAACGUAUAAAAAGCGAAUUAUACGCAUUAGAGGAAUUAAAAAAAAAAAAAAGAAACAAAUGCCGCGAUAAAUGGUCUGCGAGAGUCUCGCAUCAGCGGCGAAGCCUCUUUGCAAAUAUGGCGUGUUUACGCAAAAAAAAGAAAUACGGAUCAUAUUGCACUGCACUCAACCUGCAAUGAUUACUGAAUAAUAUACAUUUGUAUUUUUCGACGAAAUUUCACGUUCUCGGUAUACGUGUCACUGCGAGCAAUUUUAAAACUGUUUUUUAGUAAUAAAAAUAAAGAUUCGUGUGUAAUUGAUCCUUUCCAAUAAGGUACUAAAAUAUUAUUAGGUAAAAUUGAGACGGUGCGUACGAGAAGAAUGAUUCAAUGAUACAAUUUUGGAAACUGACUAUGAUUUAAAAUGUAACGAAUCGGAACGACUUCUCGUACAUAUCUUCUGAAGAUUUACCGAAUUUUGUAAAUAAAUCAUUUGAAACGUGUUAGAUAUUCUCAAAUGUUUAAAACUACAUUUACAAAAUUAGUGUGCCUGAUCGCAGACCCGGUAUCGUUUAAGAGAGAUCGAACAAACAUUUACAGAUUCGAAUUUUGUACAACAAAUUUUGCGUUGGUACAUCGUUGUGAAACAAUUAUCGCUGAUAAUCAAAACGCCUGCACAUAGAACAAAUUAUGUACUUUUUUAAAAACCGUGUCGCACAUUUUGUAACAUUUAUUAUUUCGGGGGAGAUAAACAACGUACUUUUAUAGGGUCUGCGAUUUAAGUAAACGAAAAAGAUAACGACGCGCGAUUUAAACGAGUAUUAAAUAUUCAUUUCAUCGAGUAAUACCAUUGUUCGAUCGUGUUUGUUCAGACUGUCUUAUAUACACGUUAAGAAGUCAUCAAGAACAUUCAACGUUCUGAUAUCCGAUUGCUUUGCAUCGACGCGAGACAUGCAGGUUAAUUUCCGAGCUGAUUAGUGCAAUAUUUUCCUAUUGCGUUUUAGACAUCAUUGGACGUCCGACACACGUCGAGAUCUGAUUGUCAGAUACGAUUUAGUUAACCGUGGAUCGCAGAGAAGAGUUUCAGUUGCUGUUGAAAAGGCGCAGCUUCGUAAUUGCGAGAGAAUAA